AUCUCCACUCCUCCUUAGUGUCCUGGGGAAGUGGAACGAUAAGGAACUUUGGGUGUCUCUCACUAUACCGAUCACGGACAAUAAUUCCUUCCCAUGGCUAUGGUUCUGCUAGCGGGUUCUUGGUUGGCUGGAAAGGACGCGUUGCAUAUCAUGUUAUCCUGGGAACGAGAUGGUGCGCUCGUGCGACCGAGACGUGCGUAGGAAAUAGAUCGCUAGAUAUAAACGUGGUAGAUCCCCGAGGAUUCGGUACUGUGAAUUGCUCCGAGUGUACGACUUUUGGUGCUUUACCGUACAACAUAUAGUCAACAUGGCGGCUAUUCCAGCCCCGACACCCAUCACAGAAUGGCCGGACUACGCUAUCGAUCCCAAUGGAGGAGACGUCAUGACGACUGAUCUCAAUGCGCUCUACGACAAAGGCGAUCUGUGUUGGAUGCUAGUCAGCACAGUACUAUGUUGGCAAAUCACACCCGCCAUCGGCUUCCUCUACGCAGGCAUGCAUCGCCGAAAAGCAGCACUCACCAUGAUCUUCCAAUCUCUCUUCUGCGCCUGCGCAGUUGGCAUCCAAUUCUGGGUCUACGGUUACUCUCUCUACCAGUCGCAUACAACCAACCCUUUCCUGGGAGAUCUGUCAAAAGCGGGUCUACACAACACACUCGCUUCACCGUCGCUCGCGAACGCCGAUAUUCCUGAUAUACUCUAUGCUGCAUUCGGGUUCACUUUCGUUACCUGCACCGCGAUGAUCUUGGCAGGAGCAAUGCUUGAGCGAGGACGCUUGUUUCCAUCGAUGCUCUUCCUGCUCUGCUGGACCACGUUUGUAUACUACGUGCUAGCACAUGCGGAGUGGAACCCUAGUGGCUGGCUCUACAAGCUUGGUGUUCUCGACUUCGCCGGCUCGGGUCCUGUGCACAUCGCGUCUGGUUUCUCUGCUCUGGCUUGGGCUGUUAUGCUCGGCCCACGCGUUGAUCCGCAUAAAGAGUCGCAUCACCCUAGGAUACCGCACUUCAAGCCUCACUCUCCGUUUCUUGUUGGACUCGGCACGAUAUUGAUCUGGUUUGGAUGGUUUGCGUUCAACGGCGCUUCAACUGCCAACCUCUCCCUUCGCUCUAUAUACAUCGUCUGCAACACCAACCUCGCAGGCUCUGGCGGCGGGAUAGCCUGGGUCCUUCUGGAGUACAUGUUCACUCGCAGGUUCUCUAUCAUCGGCUUCUGUUCUGGAAUUAUCUCCGGUCUCGUCGGCAUCACACCAGCUUGUGGAUUUGUGCCUGUGCAGACCGCAGCCCUGAUCGGAGCACUCACCUCCUGUGCAUCCUUCUUCACAGUCCGCUACAAAUACCUCCUCCGCAUCGAUGAAGGCCUCGACAUCUUUGCCAUACACGGCGUUGGCGGUUACGUCGGAGACAUCAUGACCGGCUUCUUCGCAGCACCUUACGUACCUGCCAUGGAUGGCGUAAGCAACACCUACGAAGGCGGAUGGUGGGCAAGGAAUUGGAAGCAGAUGGGUUACCAGCUGGCUGCUGCGACUACAUGCGCGGCGUGGUCAUUCGUCGUCUCGAUCAUCUUGCUUUUCAUCAUUGACAGGAUUCCGGGUUGCCAUAUUCGCGCGACUGAGGAUGAUGAGCUGAGGGGAUUGGACUACAAGUAUUUCAGUGAUGCAGAUGGGGAUAUGGAGGUUCUGACUGGCUAUGGUCCUGCGACUCCGGGUCGAGCGGCGUCGCAGGUUGCGAGCGGGUCUGAGAGUCAUCAGGAUGUGCCUGUUGUAACGGAGAAACGGGAUUGAAGGGUGCGCGCCUGACAGAGCUGUUCUGGAUCGCCCGGGUGGUUGAUAGCGCGAUGAUGAUUUCCCAUGCUUCCAUGGUCUGCCAAUUGUACUUUCAUGACCGAGAGCAGCUCUGUAAAUUUGUUUUCUUUUCUUUGUGUAUUAUCCGUCUCUUGUUCGUCAGCUUUUUGCUUCAUGUUCUGCAAUCGAGAUACCAACAUUCAUCCGC